AUGAAGAAACGCGGAGGCAUCAUCAUCAUGCUAUUCUGUGUGGCUCUGGGAAACAGACAUGAUUCGGUUACAUUCCUAGACUCCAAUUGCGGAGCUUUAACGCCAAUAUAUACAAGUGACUCAAGUGACUCAAGUAAUUCAAAAGAUACAUUCAGAAUAUUAAAUGGUGGAAUUGGAAAUAUGUUUGGUAACCCGUGGAUGGCAUUAAUUAUGACAGAAUAUGAGUGUACUACGCGUCCGGGUUUUAGGUGUGUUGGUGCAUGUGGAGGCUCUCUAAUCUCACCUCGCUUUGUCCUCUCUGCCGCACAUUGCCGCUUUAGCACAUCUACAACUAUUACUCUGGGCGCGUUCGACUGGACAAAGCCAGGCCCAAAUUCCAUCACAGUUCCUGCCAAUUUACAAAUACGUCAUCCUUAUUACGUAAAUAGAGAUAUAACUUUUAAGAAUGAUAUAGCUCUAUAUCGACUGGCUCGGGCAGUGAGAUACACAGAAUUAAUCAGGCCCAUUUGUCUGCCUACCAACUUCAAUCCCUUGGACAAUAUAACGCAUCUAACUGCCUCCGGUUGGGGUAAAACGGAAUUUGGACAUAUGAGCAAUGUGCUCAUGACAACUACCUUGGAACAGCACGAUCGCACGAAGUGUUCCAACACUUUUAUAGGAACUGUGGACAUGUCCCAGAUUUGUGCCGGAUCCUCUAUGUCCCAAGCUUGCAGUGGAGACUCGGGAGGGCCUAUUACAUCCGUAUAUCCCAUUGACGGCACCAAUCGCGUUAUUCAGCUAGGAAUUGUCAGCUAUGGAGGCCCAAAUUGCAGAACUGUUGGGGUCUUUACCAAUGUAAUGUUUUAUAUGAACUGGAUUAUAGAAAUAGCUGGAAAGGGCAAGAGCGUUAGAACCACGCCACUUCCAAGAGAAUAUUAUUCCGCUCAUUAUUAA